AGUUUUCGUGAUUUGCAAGUGCAACAGGUAACGUUGUGCUCUUGUAACCUCAACUAGCACAAUAAACAAGACGUCGCGUAUUUUUCUUUGAAGAUGACCCCACAUCACCGAUGUACUUCAGUAUCUUGUUUCUGCAGCAAGGACCUGAGGAUUUUUUUGCCCCAGUUGUACCCACUUUUGCAAUAUGAGAAUGAAGUCGAAAAUUUGUUUCCAGCACAAGUAAAAAAGACUUUUUCUGCUUAACCACAAUUUUGAUCUGAAGAUGAGAAAAUCGUUGGCCUCCCAAAAGAUGCAGUCUUUCCACCCCCGGAUGCUGCUCUCUUCUGCCGUUUUCCUGUUGGCGCAUGAUCCACCUCUCGCAGAGCUUAUCCAAGUGUAAAGUUUUUGUCUGUGACGGCAGAUUCAUUCGCGUUUGCAUGGUGUGACUACACUACUAGGGACCACUGGUGGUGCUUUUGGUUGAUAGAACUUGUACAGACGCGCGUAGUAUUUACCGAUGAUGCGGAAUCUACUUCAUCCCUGGAGGUUGCAGUAUACUAGUAGACGACCAGCGACAAGCAUCGAAAAAUCUGCAGUAUAGUUUUUCCUUGCAUAGACUUUGGGUUGUUUCCGGGAACAAGUUGUGUACGGUUCGUGGCGGGAGUGGAGCAGGGGGAGCGAAAAUUUUGGAACCCCUUUGCAGGCUUGUUCGGGGGUGGCGAGAAGAAAGUACUCGCUACAUAAUCUAACUAGACUUGUUCACUUUAGUUUCACUUUCCAUCUUUGCAACUGAUCUGCUUCACAAGUUGUAUCUUGUUUUUCAUCAUUUGUCAUUCACAUAAACAGGACCCGGCCGAGCACGACGAUGACGGCGACGAUAACGAACGUAUCAAAAAAAAAAAAGAAUGAGGGCACAUCAACGUGCGAUGGUGUCAGAAAUCCAGCUGAGCGAAUACGUGAUGCGCCAGCUGUGUUGUGCUUGAGGUUGGACAAAGUGUAAUUUUGUAUUAUAGUCUUGCGCUUUUCCACCUUUUGGAUUUGGAGCUAACGCAGAGGGUGAGCGUCUACAUCUACGGUGAAAAAAUGGUAUGAGUUAGAGAUUUCCAUCCACGUCGUUGAGAUUUUUCCGUUUCAUAUGAGUGGAGCAGGAAGACACGGAGAAGGCGGCGCCGAGCGUCUGGGAGAGUUUUAAAGGCUUGCUUGGCUUGAGCGGCGGAACAGAUGAUGUAUUAAAGCGAGCACUUGUGUUACCGCAUGUAGAGUUUUCUUGCUUCUGGGCCACUUGUCGUGCUUACACCGCAUCCAUAUUGAGAAAAUAUUGCCGGUGUCGUUUCAUGACUCGAUCGCGAGUCCCCUCUACAGUUUUCAGUUUUACCAUGGUAUAAAUAUACACGAAUGCAGGGGACGAAGAGUAGUUUGUUAGCCGGUAGUGAUUUGUUCGUUCUGCGCAUUUGCAGCUUCCGCGUUUACUUCCUCAGUAGGUGUAGAGCUUUUCCCAUUAGGUUUUUUCAUACGGAAGCACGAUCUUUCCGCGGCCUGUGCUACAGCACACUGUCCCUGAAAAAGGCGACGCUGCAGCCUUGGAAGAAUGGAUGGCGAAACGACAUGAAUAAACAACAAGUUGAUCAUGUUGAUUAUAGAUGGAGUCGUCGAACAGCUACUUAUUCUAUUCUUGUUUCUGUCCAUGUCAAAACAGGCGGCAAAAAAGGAGGAGGAACGACAACAAGCAAGGCUAGCUGCCCAGGAGGCAGUUAAGCAAAAAGCCGCUCAAGCAAAAGCUGCCGCCGCCGCAAAAGCUGAAGAACAAGCUCAGGUAGAAACUGCUGACAUCGGCAUGCAUGUUGACUAGAGAACGAAGUGUAGUUUUCCUUGAUAGGUACUUUUUCUUCACUCCUUCCACAUUCCUGCGUUUCGCUCUGAGCGUUGCUCUUUUCGAUAUUGGCACAUUGGCGAUGGCAGCCCUGCAAAAUGAUGGCUCUCGUCGAACAAGUUGACAUGGAGGGUGAUGAAAUAAAACAAAAAGCUGCACCAGCUGUAGUCUUGCAUCUGCUACUUCUCCUGCUAUUGGGCCUGUUGUAUUCUUGUUUCUGGCAAUAUUAAAACAGGAGGCGCAAAUAAAGGCCAAGGAAGACGAGGAACAACAAGCGGCCGAGAAACGAAGGCUACUUGCUGAAGCUGCCGCAGCAGAGGCCCGAAGAAAGGCCGAACAGCAGAGGAAAGACCCAGAAACCGCUGCGAAAAAUGCCGCGAAAGCAAAAGCAAAAGCGGGAGCGGCGCAUUACAACGUGCAAAAGUGGUGUGGUCGUGAGGAUUCGCAUUAUUCUACGGCGCAUAUGUCCUCUGUUGCUAUUCAGUCGAGUUUUGGGUUGACUAUAGUACAAUGGAAAAGUUCUUGUUGUACUGCACACUAGGCGAGAUACUUUGUCCAUGAAGCUAAAAUAGAUUCGUCUUCGAAUUAUAAUGCACCCUGUUCUUGUUCGCCGUUGUGGACUACAAGGCUCGGCGCGUGAGCAAUCCCUUCGAUCGUGCGUUGCGGUGCUGUGAAAGCAAUUAGAUUUUAUAGAAGUAGCACUGUUCUUGUGCUCCACCUCGUCCUUCUUCCUGGAGGAACUUUCUAUAUUUUCUUCAACAACUCUAGCAAAUUUUGAUUUCGUGUUGAUUGUCCUGAAGCGCUUCGACGGACAGGAGAAGUCUUGCACAGUAUUGCCGCGCUACGUACCUCGGCUACCUCGCACUUGCUAAACUGUUGCUAUGCCCUACACGACCACGACACUUUUGCACUGGAUCAUGACGGCGCGGUGGAGUCAGCACAAAAAGUGGAAGGCGCGCAAGGAAGCCCGCCAAUGUCACCAUCCAAGCUCCUACCGAAGGAAAAAACUACCCCAUCUCGAAAAUCGUCAUCGUCGUACAGGGCUUGCAAGAAUAUACUACGAGCUUGAAGCUCAUGUCGGCCGGGAAGGACAGUCCUCUAGAAAUACCUACUGACUUCUUGACGAUGCCGAACACAACCUGUGCAUAACUGAGCCAGUUGUAGUCUGUCGCUAAGUGGGUCUGCUUUGAUCCACGAGAAAAAUUAAAGCAUAAAAUGUCUGGGCGCAACGAUCUUCACGAAAGCGAAGCAGUGGAGCUGUGUUGACAGAAAUAACUGGAGAAUCAAAAUAAGUAAGUCCACGCACGGUGUCUGUAUGAAUUCGAAGAUGAGGUAGAAGUUUUCUUUUCAUACCGUUCGAGAGCCCGCAGCAGUAUGCUCUCUCCAGACCUGCACCUGAACGCGCUGAUGGAGAACGCUGCCGGAAAACCGAGUGCCAUCACCCCCGUGCCGCCUGCAGGAGGAGGAGGAGGAGGGGCUUUAUCUUCUGCCUCGUCGCCGCAGAAGCCAGUUAUUUCUUCUUCAUCGUCGCCGUCUCCUUCAUUGCAGUCGAAACCAGUUGCAGCCACUUCAGCAGCUUCAUCCCCUCCAUAUCCCCAGUGAAAAAGCAAACGUACUCACCAGCCUCGAGUAGUGGUCAUGCAGGUCUACUGCGUCAUCUAGUCUACAUCUGCCGGCGCCUUUGUAGCAACGUCCUUAUAAUUUCCCCUGAGAAGAGGAGCAUAAUUGAAUUUGUACCUACUCGUACUAGUCGUCGUAUUUUCGUUUUGUCAACAGGAUGCUGAGCUACUCGCGGAGGGCUUUGUGAUGUAUCAAUCUGGUGUCCUCCUCGUCCUCCUCGCUGAUCAGCAGCACUCAUACUACAGACCAAAAGAACUUGUUAUGCGUAGUGAAGAAUACCAAUAGAAACUCGCUUCUUUUGAUGUAGCAGAAGUCCCACUGGUUUCACUGAGGGGCGGGUACGUUUUUACUGAGGAUACUCAGGAGUUGUCGAGAGUCAACAGCGCUCCAGGACCAAAGCCGAGGAGCACGCCACCCGCAUCUCCGAAGAAGGAAUCAACACCCGCAGCUUCUGCACCUGGUAUCCAGAAAGAGAAAUGUGGUUUCGUGUAACAGCUUCGAUCGUGGACUGACACUAUGACAUGACUAAUUCAUUUCUCUGCAUCCAGUAUAGAGAUAAAAUUUGUCGUUGUCAUGCAUAGCUACCACCGGAGAUUGAUAUCUCAGAGGAAGACAGCCGCCGUUCAAGGCUGGCUGGCAUGAGAGACAUGACUGGUGUUUAUUUGCAUUUUCUCUGCAUCUUCUUCUCAGAUUUAUUGCACAACUAAGACAGUUUUUUUUUUCCUGGAUACCGGGCGCAUCGCCAACUGGAGGAGUGGCAGCGCAGGCUGAAUUGCGGAGGGUUCAAUCUGCUAUCACUCCGACUCCGUCAAAAAGACCUCCACCACCUGCGUCUCCGGCUGCAGCUUCAGUGAAGAUGAACUUGGGUGCCGCUUUUGAAGAAGCCGCCGCUGCAGAGAAGAAGGGUUCUCCCUCUGAAGCUAGCACUCGUACGCCCUCUGAAGCUAGCACCUUUCAUGAUAUCCGAAUCGAAAAUCGCCCCUCGUCCGCUGAAGUACUUAUCAAAAGUAAAAAUGUCUGGGUCUGGAAGAAUGCAACUUGUGAUGCUGUAUUUGGAUUCCAAAAAAAUCUGUAUUGCAUGAGUAGCAAACAGAAUGCAACUUUUGCUACGCUGAGAAGGCAUUUGUCAUGCGGAAUAGGCAUCAAGAAGCCCUCAAAAAUCUGUAUUGCUAGGGUAUGCAUCACAGACAUCAUGGCUCAUGCAAAACGUGCAUGACAAGUGUCAGAAUCUUCCAGACCCAGACAUUUUUACAGUUGAUAUGAAGCUGGCUAAAACAACUCUAAAAUAGUUGCAAUUGGGAAAAAGCAACAGGCAUGCUUGUAGAUGUCAGUAGACCCUCAAUUAUAAAUAUCCUGUGCUCGUAAAAAAGGAUUGGGUUGUAAAGUUCCUCUUGCAUCUGCACGCUACUGUUUUUAUUUCACUCCGCCGUACGAAAUUGAAGAUGCACGGACCUUGAGUGUGAUGAAACUGCGCUCUUGAACUUUGCCUCCUUAGACUGACGCACAGCAUCCUAGCUCUUAAGUACGUCGGACAGACCUGCUGCUCUAUACAUGCAAGACAAGUAAUUCUUAUCCUAAGAAGUAAGGCCCUUUCGGGCGGGCAGGUCCGCUUGCAAAAAACGUGCGGCCGCUCUUUCCACUUCCCACUCGUGUCGUGCUAAAAAAACCCAUCCCACGGCUGUUGGAAGAUCAUCCACAACUACGUGGGCCGCCGCGGGGCGCUUUUCAUUCUCAUAUCUUCGUCCGCGCCCUCGUCCACAGGGCAAAAGGCAGGAACAGUGAGGAGGAAGUUCUCGUUUGCAGACGAGUUACCCCAGAAAGCCGUCGAGUUACCCCAGAACGGAAACGUAUGGAUGUGUCAGAGUUGAAAUCGACAAAGUUGAAAUAAUUUGUCAUGCAUAAAAUGGAUGCCAGUUGGAACCCAGUUCCCAAGUGGCGCAUGACAAAUUUCGGUGGUCCCUAAAUCCAGUUUGUCAUGCUGUUUAGGCAAAGAAGAGCGAUUUUCUCAUGCUACUUUAGCAGCUCGAGCUGUGACCCCAAACAGGCUUACAAUCGGCCUCAAUUGCCUGCUCUGCAACACACGUACCUCGGGUCAUGCAUUUCAUGCAUUACAAAUCAUUUCAACUUUGACGAUUUCACACCUGACGCUCCCAUAAAACGUAGCUCCGUUGACCGAAAAAAAUCUGGCAGCUGCCAAGUUGACCAAGGACGGGCUAUUGUGAGGAAAAAUCCCCCCUCCCCAUAUCGAAAGCGAGAUUUGUGUUGCUGUAUUUGAGUACACAAAUCACGUCUGUCUUGCUGGAGAGGACUGCAGACCCAUAUCAAGCCUGAGUAGAGAGGCUUUGACUUAGGCGCUUAGCAUGAAAAGCGUCCGUGAUGUUGGCUCAACAGCAUGACAAACCGCCUGCACAAUGCUGCGUAGCUUGUCGAGUUGCCUUCUUGCAAGACAGACGUGAUUUGAGGUCGCAAAUCAGCAACACAAAUUUCCGGAAGCAUAGUACCUUUUCGAUAUGGGGAGGGGGGAUUUUUCCUCUUAAUACGGGCUGCGCGUUAUCCUGUGCAAAAGUAUCGCACUCGUAUCAAUGCCAGACUAGCAUCAUGACAUCAAGUCUGGUUUUUUAUGUAAUUUAGCAUGACAAAUUGAAUUAUUUCAUGCUGAGCUAAUUUGUAAUGCAUCUACACGAGUACGAUACUUUUGCAGUUCAUACGCGUCGUGCCUAUUCAACCAAAUCGUUUUCUUCCUCGCACCAAGACACCAGGAACAGCCCUUGCUCGGCCGGGAUCCACCAAGCCACACGGUGGGUCUCCUCCUUCUGGACGUGGAACAAGCGCAAGCGGUUUGGCUCUCACAAGUCGUGUAUGCAUUGCAAAUAUGUCCGGGUGGUCUGGAAGGUUGGAACUUGUGAUGCCUUCUUUGGAUUCUAAAAAAAUCUGUAUUGCGUGACCAGCAAGAGGCGCGUAGUUUGUGCUACGCGGAGAGGGUAGUUCUCAUGCGGAAUAGGUAACAGGAAGCCCUCUAAAAAUCUGUGAUGCUAGGUCAUGCAUUACAGGCGUCAUGGGUCAGGCGAAGUAUGCAUGACAAGCCUAGCAAUCUUCCAGACCCAGACAUAUUUGCACUGCAUAUCGACGGCAGCCGCCGACCGGAAGAAUUUCAUUCGGGAUGUUGA